AUGCAUCGUUUCGUAGCGGCCGUGCUACGGUUGGCCGCCGGACUGCUGUAUCACUGUUUCAAAGGCAUCCGGUAUGCCGAGCCGCCGGUCGGUGAUCUGCGCUUUAAGGCACCAGUACCGCUCCAGGCGUUUCCACAGCCCUGCGUAGACUGUUUCUUCGAGGGCAACCGUUGUCUGCAGUACGAUCAGAUCCUGGGCUUGCUGGUCGGUUCCGAGGAUGGGUUGUUCCUGAACGUGUACACACCGGAUCUUCCGGGCGCUGGGACGAAGGAACGAGAGCGUCUUCCCGUAAUGGUGUACAUUCAUGGCGGCGGCUUCAUGUGUGGUAGCGGCAAUGCGUUCCUCUACGAUCCGGUGUACUUCGUGCAACGGCGGACCGUGGUCGUAACGUUCAACUACCGACUCGGCCCACUAGGGUUCCUGAGCUUCCCCGAGGCCGGUGUGUCGGGCAAUGCGGGACUAAAGGAUCAGCUGCUGGUGCUGCAGUGGGUUCAACAGAAUAUUGGCGCCUUCGGGGGAAACCCCGACAAUGUAACCCUGUUUGGCGAGAGUGCCGGUGCUAAGGCGGCCUACCUGCACUAUCUGUCACCGGUAUCCAGAAAGUACUUUCACCGAGUGAUCUGCCAGAGCGGGGUUGCGUGUUCAGACUAUGCGCUCCAGGUGGAACCAUCCUACAAGGCACGCCAACUAGCAAAAUGUUUGGGUUACCGCGGAUCAUCCGACGCCGAAGCACUCGAGACGCUGAUGAGGGCGCCGGCUAAGCAGUUAAUCAAACAUCAGUUACAAACACUGACGGCGACCGAGCAGCAGCAGGAGCUACAGUUUCCCUUCCGGCCAGUAAUCGAAGCUAGUCAUCUUCCGGGGGCCCAGGUCGUUACUCAGCAUCCGCUAGAGGCGCUGCGUGCUCCGCUCGAUCCACCGAUACCGAUCAUCACUGGGUGCAACAGUGGCGAAGGAAUCAUGGCCCUCGUCCACGCCAAGGCCCAUCUCGACGAGUAUAACCUUGCCCCGGAUCGAUUACUUCCGGCGAGCUUGCGCCUGAGCGGACCGGAAGCGUCCCGGAGCGCUGUGGGUCAGCUGGUGAAACGCUUCUACUUCGGCGAUCGACCCAUUGGCCGCGGAACGUUACCGGAGCUGAUGGAUGUCCUUUCCGACAAUGAGUAUCUUACGACCAGCGUGACCGCGGCGGAGAUGAUGGCCCGUUAUCAGCCACUGGUGGCGCACUAUUGCUACUACUUCACGUUCGAUGGCCGAUACGGAAAUACGAAGCAGUUGCUGAAUAUGACGGGCUUCCCGGGAGUCUGCCACGGGGACGACGUGUUCUACAUGUUCCGGUCGGCACUGAACGUUGGGUUGGACGAGGAUGCGGACGAGAACCGGGUCCGGGAUUCGUUCGUUACCAUGUGGACGGAAUUUGCACGCCACGGCCAACCGUCACCGGUCUGGAAGCCCGUGGAACCGUGUGGGAACGGAGCGUUCCGGUUGCAGUGUUUGCGCAUCGAUCGCACGUUAGCGAUGGUGCCGAAUCCGAUCGAGGAGCGGAGCCGUUUCUGGAGAAAUCUCUUCCACAAGCAUGGAUACGCUUCUCGGAGGCUUUCCGUUUGAGUGUAGUCGG